UUAUUGUAACUUUAGUGGAUUCAUUUGAUAGAACUACAAACAUGGUUACAGUUCAUGAACUCUUCCUCAGGUGAAGGACAGGUUAUAGUCGUCUCCUGGGCGAAUUAUGGUCGCCGUGACAACACCACAUGCCCUGAUGGAGAUUCUGAUCACGUCAAAAAUGUUAACUGUUUGAAUCCCAGUAGUACAGAAUAUGUAACUGAGAGGUGUAACUGGCAGAACAACUGUACUGUUGAAGCAUCAAACACAGGGUUUGGAGACCCCUGUAGUGGCACCUACAAGUACCUGGAGGUGGUUUAUGACUGUCAGGCUCCUUCCUGCCCUGCUGGUUGGACUUGGUUUGGAGGUCGCUGUUUCCUCUUUGAUAGCAGUCAGAAGACCUGGACUGAUGCUGAGAGUUCCUGUCAGACACUCGGUGGAAAUCUGGCCUCAUACCACAGCACAGCUGAGUACACCUUCAUCAGAGAGCUCACUCGCACAGCAGCAGGGUCGUAUACACGAGCUUGGGUUGGAGGCAACGACAGAGAGAAUGAAACUGUGUGGAAGUGGAGUGAUGGUUCCCAGUUUGACUUCAGAAACUGGGGUAAUGGACAACCUGACAACUCUGGAGGAGAAGAUUGUAUGGAGAUAAACUGUGAAGGCUUUAUCAGAGCACAACUUCCCGUUCCUCCUGCUGUGAGGGCCAUAUCCAGAGGAAGAGUGAUCACCUUUAGCAGCCUCAGUGUUCAACGCCUGAGCUGUGAGAGGGGAGUGAUCACUGUGCAGUCAGCUGUGUACAGAUGUGCAGAUACACAAGCCUGCUCUCAGACUGGCACUCAGGACAUCAAGAACAGCUGUGAUGGAAGAAAAGUGUGUGACAUAAAUAUGAACAUCAUCAGUGCUUCUGAUCCCGGCGUCUGCACCUACCUGGACACCACCUACACCUGCGUCCCUGCAAUCCACAAUGUAACAUGUGAAGGAUCUCAGGCGAACCUUCAGUGUGGUGAAGGACAGGUUAUAGUCGUCUCCUGGGUGAAUUAUGGUCGCCGUGACAACACCACAUGCCCUGAUGGAAAUUCUGAUCACGUCAAAAAUGUUCUCUGUUCGAGUCCCAAUAGUACAGAAUAUGUAACUAACAGGUGUAACUGGCAGAACAACUGUACUGUUGAAGCAUCAAACACAGGGUUUGGAGACCCCUGUAGUGGCACCUACAAGUACCUGGAGGUGUUUUACACUUGUCAGGCUCCUUCCUGCCCUGCUGGUUGGACUUGGUUUGGAGGUCGCUGUUUCAUCGUUAACAGCAGCAUGAAGACCUGGACUGAUGCUGAGAGUUCCUGUCAGACACUCGGUGGAAAUCUGGCCUCAUACCACAGCACAGCUGAGUACACCUUCAUCAGAGAGCUCACUCGCACAGCAGCAGGGUCGUAUCCACCAGCUUGGGUUGGAGGCAACGACAGAGAGAAUGAAACUGUGUGGAAGUGGAGUGAUGGUUCCCAGUUUGACUUCACAAACUGGGGUAAUGGACAACCUGACAACUCUGGAGGAGAAGAUUGUAUGGAGAUAAACUUUGGAGAGAGCCGAGGAGCCUGA